AUGAGUGGUUCUCGAUUACCUGCGACCCCAAUAUCAGGACGUAAGAAGACACUACGUUCGCAAUCAAGGGUCCCCCAAUCCUUCCCCCCUAUUACUGAGCAAGAAUCCGGCUCAGAAGCGGAGGGUGAUCAAACUGAAUACGCGAUGGCAGAGGAAGAUAUGACAACCUCUGGCUCAGCACGCGAUACUGGCAAGAUGCCAGAACGCGAGGAAUCUGAGGAUGGCACGCCCAGUCCUAUGCCGAUACCUACGCCGAAUCCUAACGGCAUGGUGACCAUGGCAGCAGCAGAUCUCAUUGCACUCUGCGAGCGACUGAUAUCAGCACGCGCGCCGCCACCUCCUCCACCUCCUCCACCACCUCCACCUCCUCCGAACCCUAUACCAGAAGAAGAUCCGAACAUGCUGGCUCGCGAAUACCAGAAGGAAGCGCAGGCCUCGUUGAACACAAAGUCCGUCACCACGUUCGAUGGCACCAACUACCAGACGUGGAAGAUGGCGUUCUUGUCGGAUGCAGAAGUGAUCGGUGGUGCAGAUAUUCUUAAUAAGAACCAACAGGAACCACCUGAAGGUUUAUCAUCGCUCGAUCAGCGAUAUUGGGUGAUACGUUCAAAACUUCUCUUCCGUCGCAUGUUGCAAUCCCUAGUAGGUUCUGUCCGUUUGACCAUGGGAUCCAUUCAACCCGACAACGCGGCGGCCCUAUGGAACAAGGUAAGCGCAGUAUACGCGAUAUCCCUAGGGGAAGAAAGGAUUAACAUCCUUAAAGAAUUUACCCACUUGCAUGUCAAGGACGGUGAUUACCUGGCGUACGUACGCCGAUAUCAAUACCUGUCUGCUCGCAUGCGACAACUAACGGAGGACCGUGGUGAGAACUACCUCCAUGAUUUCUUUGUUAUCGGCCUCCGAGAUUAUCAGAGGACCUAUGUUAAAUCACGCCUCGAUACGUUCUACGGGACGGGUCAGGGUCCGAUUGUCAACCUAGAUAUCAACGAUCUCACAAAACAAAUUGCUCACCGGAUGAGUAAAUCAGAGGGUACUGGACGCCCUAAAGCUCCAAAGGCCAACGCGGCCACCAAUGAUAAUGACAACACAACUUCCGCCGCAACCGCAAAGUGCGGAUACUGCAAGGUCCCAGGGCAUAUAAAGGCUAAUUGCUAUCAUCUGAACCCUGACAAAGCACCCGAGUGGUGGAGGAAAGAGAAUAAGGAUAAUAAGGGCACUGACAACACUGAAGGUGCCAAAAAGAAGGGAAAGGAUAAGAAGAAGGACAAGGAUGACGACAAACCUACUGGCACCAGAGCGCCAGAUCUCCUUGCAUCGCAACCUAAUGCCAACGCAGCAAUUGCUUUAUCUACGUCGUCCGCUACAACAUCCAAACCUUAG